GCACAACUAACCGGGCGCAUGCGCACAACUCCACACACCAGGCAUGUCUGCUCCUCGGCUGCUGCUGUGUGCAGGGAGAAGGUUAGGGGGAGAAAAGGGAGGGAGACGAUGUACUGUGAUUAUGCAACACAUCAGGAGCCAGACUAGCGGCUCUGAAGAGCCCGAGGUAGUGUUCAGAGAUGUGUCCUCCAAGGAAGGGGGUGGAGCUUACAGGGAAAUUCUUCUCAACCGUCGGAAGGCCCUGAAUGCUCUAAACUGGAGCAUGGCGUGCCUCAUCCUGGACCAUCUGAGGGCUGCUGCUGAUGACCCCAAUGUGCCUAUGGUUGUGAUAGAAGGUGGGUAGGCCCUCUCUCGUUCCGUGCACGUGUAUAAUGUGUGGCUACAGGAGCUGGUGAGAAGGCAUUCUGUGCUGGAGGAGACAUUCGUGCAGUCACAGAGGCCGGGAAGACAGGACAGCCACUGGCGCAGGAGUUCUUCAGGGACGAGUACCGACUGAACCACGCCAUCGGUGUCUUUCCCAAACCCUACGUGGCUCUAAUUGAUGGGAUAACGAUGGGAGGAGGGGUGGGGCUCUCCGUCCACAGUCCCUUCCGCGUGGCGACUGAGCGGACGCUGUUUGCCAUGCCAGAGACAUCCAUUGGGUUGUUUCCAGAUGUUGGAGGUUCGUUCUUUCUUUCACGGCUGCCGGGUGGACUGGGCAUGUUUCUCUCUCUCACUGGCCAUCGUCUAAAGGGAAGAGAUGUCUUCCAUGCUGGAGUCGCCACCCAUUUCGUCUCCACGACAACCCUUCCCACUCUGAGGGAGCGACUGGCAGCUCUCGGGCCACGCCUCUUGAACCUUGACCCCCGAGACCGACUCCACCUAGUGCACCAGCUGCUGGACUCUCUCCACCGUGACAGCGAGGGGGAAUCCCCUCAGCCAUUCUCACUGGAGACCUACAGACCUAUUAUAGACAGUGCCUUCAGCCAAGGAACAGUGGAGGAAAUUGUAGCCUUUCUUCAGAGAGAGGGAGGAGAGUGGGGAGAAAAGCAGGCUGCUGUGUUGGCCAAAAUGUCACCAACUUCGCUGAAAAUUACCCACCGGCAGCUAAUGAAAGGGGCAGAGCUAAGCAGUCUGGCAGAAUGUCUGAAGAUGGAGUACCGCAUGAGUCAGUGGUGUAUGAGAGGCCAUGACUUCUAUGAGGGAGUGAGAGCAGUUCUGGUCGACAGAGACAACCAGGCACAGUGGAAUCCCUCUUCCCUCGGCGAUGUUACGGAGGAAAUGGUGUCGCGCCAUUUCCAACCUUUACCUUCCCACUCUGAGUGGCAGUUGUAGAAGUGUUUCCAUUUGUAUAGCUGUUAAAAAU